GCAGGUCCUAUCACAGCGGAGUACUUUCUGCCUUUCCAUAUUAAUAUUAUUCUUGACUUGGCCGGUUGAAAAAGUCCAUUCCUCCGGAAUAUGCAUCUAUGUCAGCAAACACAGAUUGAACUGGUUUGAGGCCCUUUUCGCCUGUCAAAAAAAGGGCAUGUGCCUGGCUGAUAUAGACACGACACUUACUCUCCUGUCCCUAACCGACAAAUUCCAUGGAGAUGAUCGAACCGAUGUUUGGUUUGGAUUAACUGCCUUCGAGAGGACCAAUUAUAGAUAUAUAUCCAGCAACAAGCACGUAGAGUUUACUCCCCAAAACUCCCAACUGGUCAACAACGGAAGUUGUGCCUUUUUGAAACCGGAAGACCCAACCUACACGUUUGCUUCAGCCGUAUGCUACGAUAAAAAACGUUUUGCCUGCACAAAAACUGAAAUGUGCAACGGAGCUCAUAUGAGGAAACGAAAAAACUUCUGUGCCAUUCCCCACAGCGCCAAAGAAAUUAUGGCUUAUUAAAUACAUUAAAUAAAUUAGGUUUUCCGCGGAUAAUAAUUUUUGC